AUGGACGUACUCAAGUUUUAUCUGGAGUAUAUUUGGAAAGCUCUAGGACAGCCUGGCGCUCUGUCGGUCCCAGUAGGGCAGACGCUUCCUGCUCUCGCAGUAGUUCGAGGGCCAGGUGACAAGAAAGUUACACCAUCAUCCAACAGAACAACAUGCCAAAUCAUGAUCAACAAUAUUACAUACUACUCAUUCUGCCGGAAACCCUAUCACAUGGACUCAGAAUGCUUCAACAAGAAUCCAAGGCUGAAGGAUCAGAAGAAAGACGGAAAGGGCCAGAGGUCAAAGUUAAGCAAUCCACAGACCAGCACACGCAAGCCGUUGAAGAGGCAUCCUCCCACUGAUAAUGAAGAUGACGACAUAGCUGGCCCAAGGGAUCCAAAGUGGCCCACCCUCAUGGCUACCAAGGUCUCCAGAGAAGAUAUUAAUAAAGCAUUCAGAAAGGAUGUUAAAGGCAACUUCGCCCUGUUCAACCACAUCCCCUCAAUAAUGGCUACGAAAACCUUCCCAAUCCAUAAUGCGUGGAUUGUUAAUAGUGGAUGUGCUCGGCACAUAAGUACCAUGGACCCCGGCUGA